GUUCUGGGUGUUUAAGUGUGCCUCAGCCAUUUGGAAAUACUAUUCUCCAAUUUUGCUAGUGGCCUCAAUGUGCAAAACAAAUGGACAUCAAACUGGGUAAUUUUUUUGGGCAGCAGAUCUUGAUAUCCUGGAGCUAUUGGACAGUCCACUUUCUGUCUUGUAUGCUUUGUUUGGGUAUUUCUAUACUUUAGUAGACUGAAGUGAUGUUUCAAUUCUUUAAAUAAAAAGCACCCAAAUUCUGGCAUCACAUUGGAUUAUCACAGGAAAGAAGGUAUCCCCACUUUUAGCUCUCAAAUGAAUUACCUCAGGGCACAUGCAAUCUUGUGCUUCUAGUAUCCCUGAUGAUGGAAUAUAAACAUCUAAUUGGUACGAUAAUCUCUGACAUGUUAUGUAGUUUAUAACAUGCGACCCACUCUGCAAUUGACAUGUCUCUUUGACUGCCUCCCAUCCAAAUUCAGACAAGUUCCCACCACCCAAACCCAACCUGUGAGCUCUUUGUCUUCUCUUUUAGAUUUCUGCAGCAAAAUAGAAUACCUUCAGCAAAUUCAUGCCAGAUUUAUCCUUUAUGGACUACAUCAAAACCCACACCUCAGUUCCAAACUGAUUGACAACUAUGCGAAUAUUGGCCAUCUCGAUCUCUCCCAACAAGUCUUCAAUUCUAUAAAAGCACCCAAUGCUUCUCUCUACAACACGAUCAUCAGAAAUCUUUGUGAGUUUGGGAAAUAUGAGAAAACUCUUAUUCUUUACCAGGAAAUGAUUAUGAACUCCAUGUACCCUGAUGAACUUACUUACCCUUUUGUUGUGAAAUCUUGUUUCCAUCUGUCAGAUAUUGAAUAUGGGAGGAAAGUCCAUGGUCAUGUGGUUAAAUUGGGGUUUAAUUCAGAUGUUCCUGUUAGUAUUUCCUUGGUAGAUUUGUACAGCAAUUGUGGUGAAACUGGGGAUGCACAAGAAUUUGAUAGAAUCUCUGUCAAUGACUUGAGUUAUUGGAAUUCUUUGAUUUAUGGGUCUUUUCAAAAUGGUGAUACUGAAAACUGCUUUCUCCUUUUUGAGAGAAUGCGACUUGAAGGACUUCAACCUGAUUCAGUUACUGUAGUUAAUCUUUUGAGAUCAAGUGUUGAUUUGAACUCUUUGGAAACAGGAAGAUUUGUUCAUGCAUUGAUUGUUUUGAGCAAUUUAGGAGGAGAUUUAAUCGUGAAUACUGCACUUCUAACAAUGUAUUCCAAAUUAGGCAGUUUGGAAACUGCAAGGUUAUUGUUUGAGAAAAUGCCAGAAAAGGAUUGUGUUGUAUGGAACUUAAUGAUCUCGGCUUAUUCUCGAAAUGGGUGUCCAGUGGAAGCCCUGAAACUGCUUAUUCAGAUGGGAACACGAGGCAUCAGAGCUGAUUUGUUCACUGCUAUUGCUGCUAUUUCAUCUAUUGGAGACAUGAGAUCCCUUCAGUGGGGUAAGCAGACCCAUGCCCAUGUGAUUAGGAAUGGUUUGGAUUAUCAAGUAUCUGUGCAUAAUUCAUUGAUUGAGAUGUAUGGUAAAUGUGAGAUUGUGGAAUCUGCAAGGAAGAUCUUUGAUUUGUUGUUGAACAAGUCUAUUAUUUCCUGGAGUUCAAUGAUCAAAGGAUAUGUGAACCAUGGUCAAUAUGAUGAGGCUUUAUCUUUCUUCUUCAAAAUGAGAAUCGAAGGAUUCAAGGUGGAUUCAAUUACAGUAAUUAAUAUCUUACCUGCAUGUGUAAAUGCAGGAGCAUUAGAAACUCUACAGUACCUUCAUGGGUACUCCAUAAAACAUGGUUUAAACUUGGUAGUCUCUGUGGUUACGGCAUUUCUCAUCAGUUACGCAAAAUGUGGGUGUAUAGAGAUGGCACAAAAGCUUUUCAGUGAAGAGAAAAUUGACUCCAGGGAUAUAGUAUCAUGGAACUCUAUGAUCAGUGCAUAUUCUAAGCAUGGGAAUUGGUCUCAAUGUUUUGAAUUGUACAGACAGAUGAAAGAUAUGAAACUAAGGCCAGACCGAGUAACUUUUCUUGGGCUGUUAACUGCUUGUGUUAAUUCAGGCUUUGUGAAAGAGGGUUGGGAAUGUUACAAAGAGAUGACAGAGACCUAUGGUUGUCAGCCCAAUCAAGAACAUUAUGGUUGUAUGGUGGAUCUUCUUGGGCGUGCAGGGCAUAUCAAAGAAGCUUUAGAGCUUAUAAGAACAAUGCCAAUCGAUCCAGAUGUACGGGUCUGGGGCCCAUUACUGAGUGCCUGUAAGAAGCAUUCCGAAACUAGAGUGGCAGAGUUUGCUGCCAAAAAGCUUAUAGCUAUGGAGCCUAGAAAUGCUGGGAACUAUAUUUUACUCUCUAACAUAUAUGCUGCGGCAGGAAAAUGGGAGGGGGUUGCUGAGAUGAGGGCUGUGCUUAGAGAUAGAGGUUUGAAGAAGACUCCUGGCUGUAGCUGGCUGGAGAUAAAUGGAAAUGUACAUGAAUUUCGUGUUGCAGAUCAGUCCCAUCCAAAGUCGGUGGAUAUAUACAACAUAUUAAGAAAUUUAGAACUGGAGAUCAAAUUUGAUAUAGAUAUGAAUUUGGACUUUGAAGCAUGCACCUUACACAAAGUGUGAACUCCAUUUCACAGGUUAGAGCCUGAAGACAU